CUGACGAUACCCCAUCUCAUCUCCUAAUAAUAAUUAGAUCUAUCCCAGGAAACUGCCUCGCUUCUGCUUCGCUCAAUAAGCCAGACCAUUAGAACUGUGUGUUCGGUGGACCAUCCCGCGCGAACCAUCUGCCCAUGUCUGAUGGCGGGAAAAUAAACUCUCAUCCAAUAAAGUCUUUUACCCAGACGAUGGUUGUUCAACGUCUCCAAUCUUCAUGUACCGUUUAGACGAGUAUCAUCACUAUCGCGAUGACUGCAUUCUCAACUCAUGGCAUGCUACGUGUCAAAAUUCGAUAAUCGAAUGCAAGGAAUUGGUGAAAGACCUUCCCCUAUCAGUUAUCAUCGUCGAUUCGUGACUCGCUAUAUAGAAAGAUCUUCUCUCUUUUUUUUACAUUUGAAGAUUUCGGAAUUGCUCCUCAGUGGUUAUUCAUUGAAUGACUUGAUCAGGUUUUUAUUUUUAGGAAUGGUUUGGGAAUAAAUCAGUCAAAUUGUUGUCUCUUCUUAUUCUGCUGAUGCUGGUCUCGGGGGAGGAGGAGCUAAUCCGAGUUAAACGUCUUCACCAUGGCGAAGAGCCAGCAUUCAGCAACAAAGCAAUUAUUCAACCAUCAUCAACCGGGAACAAUCAACUUGAACAAGAAAAACCUCAUCAUGACAGUUAUCCAUAUGCCAAAACGUCGCUAGAAACAGAAGACGGUUCAACAACGGCCCAGAAUCAUUUGAGCCCGUCAUCGAUGAACACAGCAGGUGUUGGUCGGAAAAAGAGGAGGAUGGCGGAGGAUACAAGCUUUAGGGGCAUCCAUGGACGGGAUGAUGACAUGGUGAUUGAUGAGGAAAGGUUGAAGCGUGAGAAGAGGCAAAUGAUGAAUGGUGGUCGCAUGAGAGGUGAUUGGAGAUAGUACUUACAAGUGACAAUAUUUGCAGUAUUUCUAAACAGUUGAAUUGAUGACGAGAUAAGAUCUGACAGUCAAGACGAUCAAGAAUAAACAUUGUUGAGACCUUCAUCUUGGAGAUAGAAAACAAGAUUAACAAAUGCAAUUUGUAUUUGUUAUGAAAACACAGAAAUAAAUGCAAUUCAACCUAUUUAUUGAGCAGAAUUAUAUAUCGGGGUUGCGGAAAAGCCGGCCCCUUGAAUAUACCUUUUUUUUCAAAUAUACCUAUUGCCAAAUCCUUUAGAUUUAUCAUUUAAGCAUUUACCUUUCUAAUAUCAACGACGGCGAAAUUAACUAUUCCGAGUAACAUUCGGGGUUAAAUGACCACAUUAGAUAUACAUUUAUAUUCUGAUUUUUUUAAAAUAUAAGAACAAUGUACGUGCAUAUAUAAUUCUACCUUUAUGACCUUUUUGUAACUUCUAUACUCUACCUUGUCUAUUUAUUUUUACCUUUUUGUAUAUCCAAUCCACAGAAACGUUUAUUUUCAUUUCACAGUCUCGUGAUUAAUAUAAUAUAAUAUAUAAUAUAUCUAACGACAUCUAAUGACAUAAUGAAUAUAUAAAUGUAACAGUUAAUACCUUCCUACCCGGGUUUUUUUUGGGGGGGGCAAAAAAGGCAAAGCAAUCAACCUAUUAAUUCUUAAUGAGAAGGGGGCACUUUUCCACAAAACAGUACUUAUCAUAUAAAUGGGUAGUUCACCCAAAAUAGAGCGAGAAAAUCAAAAAUCAUUACGCUCAAAGGAAUAUCUGGCUAAUAAUUUCACAAGAGUUGUACCCUAUCCACUAUGAAAACGAAGGAGCCGAUGAUGUUUGUUACACUCACUGCUUCGUCUGUAUUAUAUUGUACGAUAUAUUAUAUUUUCCGUCAUUACAAUAUUGUGGGAAAAAUGAUACCUCCGUGAACUAUGUCAAAUCUGCAAGAAUCUAAAUAGUUAUUCACCAUGUAGCAAGAUACAAAACAAUAGUGUGUCACGUUAUUGGCUCACUCAUUUGCAUUGUCAUUCUUGUAAACUUUGAAAUGUCAUCACUCUUUAUUUUACUUACAUCCGGUUUUGACAUUUUCAGUGCUGUUAGAUUUUCACUUUUUAUUCAUAUCAACUUCUUGUUGUGGUGGAAUCACCUUUGAAUAUUUAGUACAUCUUUAAUGAUUUUUUCCCUUUAAAAGCGUAAUGUAAUGUCUACUAAUUUAACUAACAUAACUAUCAUAGGCCUUUUCCGAUGAAUUCCGAAUGUGUCUUCCAAUAAUCCAAUUAUUUCAGAUCUAAUAAUUGGCGGAUCUGCAUGACCGUGGUGAGACAUUCGGUAAUUCCUUGUCAUGGUAGAUUUUUUAAAGUCAACAAACGAAACAAUUUUCUGUGCUCUCCCUAUUUGAAAUCCUGGAUUUCUUGAUCUUAUGUACUUUAUGAAACUGUUCCUGUAAAUUUUAUACGAGAUAUGUAUAAAUUGGUUUACAUUACGGGAAGGAGAUUCUGCCACUGCAUGGAUCAGAUAUACCCUGAUGUGAUUUUUCAAUAAAAUGUUCUCUCCAGUAUUGAAAUCUUACCCAAAUACGUACGUUUAUAUUGACGGAAAUGUCAAUGCAAUAAAACCAAUAAUUGCAAUAUGA